AUGUCCUCCAAAAUAUAUUUCUCAACGUUCAUCCACACAUUAAUAUUUGCAACUCUUGCAACCGCAACAUUUUCACUAACACCAAAUUAUUAUGACUAUACUUGUCCCAACGCUUUGAGUACCAUUAAAAGUGUUGUGAAAGGCGCAGUUCAAAAAGAAUACCGUAUGGGUGCUUCUUUACUACGCUUGCACUUUCAUGAUUGCUUUGUUAAUGGUUGCGACGGUUCGAUUCUUCUAGACUCUACACCUUCCAUGGAUAGUGAAAAAAAUGCAAAUCCAAAUAUCAAUUCAGCUAGAGGAUUUGAAGUAAUAGAUGAGAUCAAACAAGCUGUUGAUGAAGCAUGUGGAAAACCAGUUGUUUCUUGUGCAGAUAUAUUGACUAUAGCCGCUAGAGACUCCGUCGUCGCGUUAGGAGGACCAUCAUGGAAAGUGAAACUAGGAAGAAGAGACUCAAAGACAGCGAGUCGAGCCGAUGCGGAUGCGGACAUCCCCGGACCAUCUUUCAGUCAUGCUCAACUCCUAAGAAACUUCGAAAACCAUGGCCUAAAUGAGAAAGACCUUGUUGCUCUUUCUGGAGCACACACUAUUGGAUUUUCGCGUUGUCUUUUAUUUAGGGAUCGAAUCUACAACGACAACAACAUUGAUUCUAACUUUGCGAAAGAGCUUCAAAAUAUAUGCCCGAGAAACGGAGGAGACUCUAACCUCGCGCCUUUGGACAGUGUUACACGGGCGAAAUUUGAUGUGCUUUAUUUUGCGGAUUUGAUUGAAAGGAAAGGUGUUCUUCAUUCUGAUCAGGUAUUGUUGAAUGGUGGUUUCUCUGGUGCCUUGGUGAGAAAGUAUAGUUAUGAUACUAGGGCUUUCUAUAAGGAUUUUGCGAAAUCUAUGAUUAAGAUGGGAGAUAUUAAGCCACUUGUUGGUAAUGAAGGUGAAGUUCGUUACAACUGCAGGAAAGCAAAUUAA